AUGAAUCGGAAUACUAAAAAACAUCAAACACACUUAUAAACUAAUGGUCAUACACAUCUUCAUUCAGGAACUAUUAUAGCUGAUAAGUUUAUAUUAUUGGAGAAAGUUGGAUAAGGCAGCUUUGGAUAUAUUUUUAAAACAGAGAAUUGUGAAACGAAAGAAAUUGUAGCUACAAAAUUUGAGAAGAGAGAAAAUAAAAGUAAUGGUACAGCAAGCAUGUUAGUUAGAGAAAUCAAAGUAUUAUUAGAAUUAGGUGGAUUGGAAGGUAUUAUAAAAUAAUAUAAUUAAAAAAGGUUUUCCAUAGAUUCAAUAUUAUGGAAGAGAUGAAAAUUAUAAUUAUUGCAUGAUUACAUAUUUGGGUCAUAAUUUAGAAUAUCUACUAAGAAGAAGCAAAGGGUUUUCAUAAUUGUCUUGUCUAAAAUUAUCAAUCUAAUUAAUUGAGAGAUUAGAAUCAUUACAUAACAAAAAUAUUAUUCAUAGAGAUUUAAAACCUGAAAAUAUGGUGAUUGGAUAUAUUGAUACACAUAUUAUCUAUUUGAUUGAUUUUGGAUUAGCUAAAUAUUUUAAAGAAAGUAAUGGAUAACAUAUACCUUUAUCUGAUAAAAAAGGAAUCAUUGGAACUGCUAGAUAUGCAAGUAUAGCAGCUCAUUAAGGAUUUGAAUAAUCUAGAAAAGAUGAUUUAGAGAGUUUAGCCUAUGUUUUAAUUUAUUUAAACUUGGGAAAACUUCCAUGGAUGAAUCUUUAAAUUGCUGAUAAACAUGAAAAAUAUAAAGCUAUAUAUGAAAUGAAGAAAAAUGUAAAAUUAGAGUUAUUAACUGAAGGACUUCCUUAGGUAAUCUGAAACAUUAUUUAGUGCUAUUUGUUAUUAUUAUAACAUGCUAAAUCGAGGGAAUUUUCAGAAUCACCUAAUUAUGCAUUUCUAAAAGAUUAAUUUAGAAAAGCAAUUAAUGAUAAAGAGAAUGAGGAAUCAUUUUAUAUGUAUGAUUGGGAAAAAUUAGCAGAAGUGAAAAACAAAAAACAAUUACAUUAAAACAAAAUAACAAAUCCACCUGUCAUUCGAAGUACUAUUAAAAGAUCAUCGGCUAUAGUAGAAAAUCCUAAAAAAUAAUUAUCUACUCAAUUAGUUUUACCUGAACCAGAAAAUAGAAGUCGGAAUGUAAAAUAAUAAAAUAAUUAAAAUUAGGGAGUUAGUAUGCAUACAUUAGGUACUUCUAAAAUGAUAAAUUAUCAAGUAAGUCAAAAAAAUAUAGUUGAAGUUGAUAAAUAUAGAAGAUUCAUGGAAUAAUAAUUACCUAGAGUUCAAAGGAAAAGUCAAACAGUAGUAUAAAAAUAAUAAUAAACAUUUUGCAAAGAAACUAGUAAACAUUUUCAUGAAAGGAUGAAGACUAUUGAGUAAGUAAAAUAAGAGUUUGAAUCAUUUAAUGAUUUAGACUUAUUAGCUAAGGAUGAUGCAAAUUUACACUUCAAUAAUAUUGAAGCUUUCUAUUUCAAACAUUAAUUGUAUCAUUGA